UUUGUUCCCGAUCUAUCCUAACUUGCAGACAAUGAUCACCUGGUUCCGGAACGUGAAAAGGAAAACGCAGCCGAUGCGAUUUGUCAUGAUAUUAUUUGCAUUUGUUGCCGCCUUCCUGUUCACCGCCAAUAUCAGAUCAGCUAAUCAAUUUGCUCUUCCCGCGCAGAUUUUAAACAGAGCUUCAAGACUUCAGUCGCAAAAGACAGAAGAAUCUGCAAUAGACAAAUUAUGGAAUAUCAAUGUUUUUGGAGAUGAUGACAAUAUAAAAACAGAAAUCGAACGGGAUCCUCUUUUAACACACCAUCCAUUUGACAAUACUUGUAAAUUUCCAUUGCCCAAUUCAUAUGCAGAAGAUAUAAUCCCAUUUCAUUUAUCUGAAAGAAUGCGUCAAUUGAAAUGUGAAGUAAAACAAAAAGAUUAUGCUACAAUGGACUCUGAAGGAUAUAUUUAUGUACAUCCUCAUUUUGUGGAUUGGCCGAGACUAGAGAGGGAUGUUCAGUGCAAAGUGGACAUUAUUGAAGGAGGACUCAGAAAACCUGAACGGAAUAUGACAAAGAACUCAAUGUUUAUUAAGAAAACUUUAGAAAUUCCAUCAAAUGAAAGAUUAUUUGUAAAUGCAGAUGCAUUUGUAAUUAACUGUUACAAUCAUUCAAAGAAAGCUGUUAAACCAGAAGUUCCAAUUUGGAAAAAACCUUUCCCUGGUAUGAAAGACAAAAACCUGCCGGAAGAUGAGAUUCUCCGAGUGAAAGAUCUCUACUCUUACGGAGACUAUGGAAAUAAGAUCAGAGAACAAGUAUCCAAAGCUGUCGACAGAUAUUCUAUUGACAUCCUUGGUUUUGAUUCGACCGCCCGUACUAUGUUCAUGAGACAUAUGCCACGAACUGUUGAAGUCAUGGCCAAGCUAGAUUAUCAUUAUCUGUACGGGUAUACGAAAGUAGCUGAUAACUCGAUGGUGAACCUUGCCCCGAUUCUAGUUGGUGACAUGGAAGAAGCAUUGAAAAAACCAAAAUACGAUAAAUCGGGAGAUUUUAAUAUUAAUUGGUUACUCCCGACAGAGGAUAAAAUGGACCCAACGAAGUUGAACUUUUUAUGGAAAAUUAUGAAAGAAAAGUACGGUUGUGAAAGUUUGUUCAACGAAGAUAUUUCUACAAAAGGAUUGGGACUUUUCAACUAUCCUCCAACAGAGUUUCAACCAGGAUUUACUGAGAAUCCAGCUGACCACUAUUACCGUGCAUAUUACUUGGCUGUAUAUGAGAACUGGAAAUACGAAGCUUGUCGAGAUGGAGAGCAAUUGCAAAAUGAAUUUGUCAAUAUUUGGAGAAGAUUUGCCCAUAGAUAUAGAAAUAUUUGCCAUUUUGGAUUCACAUUUGUAACAACACUGACUCAUGAAGCAGGGCUGGUUUUAGAAAUUCUUGAUGAAAAACUUGCGGCACACUUGAGUCAAAUGCAUUUGAAUGGAGAUUUGGAUAACACGUUAUCAAUUAUCAUGGGAGAUCAUGGAAACAGAAUUGGAGCAAUUAAAUCUAGAUAUACAGGAAGAAUUGAAGAAAGAAUGCCACUUAUGGCCAUGAGGUUUCCUACUGGGUUUGCUGAAACUUAUCCUGUGGAGUAUAAAAACUUUUUGGAUAACAAGCACAAGUUGACCAGUAACUUUGACGUUCACAAAACAUUGCACGAUAUUGUUCACAUGAGAUUGGGAGACAACAAAGCAAAAUCCGAUGAGGGACGAGGAAUUAGUCUAUUUGAUGCAAUUCCCAACACAAGAACAUGUGCUGAUGUGAUCGUUCCAGAAAACUUUUGUAUGUGUAUGAUUGAUGUGUCAAGUAUCGCCAACCCGUUACCAAAUUUCAAUAAGAAAAAACCUACGGAUCAGAAAAUGGAUCAAUUCAAUACAUUGAAAAGUUGGCUGAAAACGGAGAAUCUUGAUGACUGUGUAGAUGUGAGCAGUUUAGAAACAGGCCAAACUUUUCAAGAAAUGGCUAUCAAUCCAUUGAGUCGAUUUGGAUUGCGAACCAAGAACAAUGCUUCAAUGUUGGAAUUGAUGAAGGAGAGAAAUAAGAAGAAUCCAGAGUUAAAUUAUAUCAACUUUGAAUUUUCUGUGAGUGGUACGUACAAAAAUGGUGAACCAUUGAGUAUGCUUGUCCGAACGGAGUUAUUUGUUGAAAAGAGCACAAGCCAGCUAAUAUUUGAGCCAAUGAUACAGGAAAUGCCUGCAUCGUGUCGUUUUGUAUCCAUAUUUGAUGUUUGCCAAUGUCUUCGUCCCCAGCUUUAGAAUUCCCAGUGGAAAAGUCUUUCACCCAGCGUCAACCGUUGUUCUAAUAUCUUCACGUGUUUCCUAGUCUGAUAUCCAUUUGUUUUUUGUUCUAUUUUUAUUUUCUCCUAGAAAUUGAUUUUUGUUAUUGUCUUCAAUUGAAUCGGGUUAUAUUAAAAUACAAUUGAGAAAAAAAAUUUUUAAGAAUAAAUGAUUUUCAAAAAUAAAGGCAAA